AUUCUAACGUUGGAAGCAGCAGAGAGAGAUGGACAUGGAAGAGGCAGAAGGGUUGUUCCCCUUCCCAACGUACGAGUGUGCAUACUACGUGCAAAGCCCUUCCACCGUCUCUCAUGCAUACAGCAACCCUGAGCCACCCUCCACAUCCUUCCUCCACCAUCCCACCCAACAAGCCGUCUCCACAUACACCCUCUCUCGCCACUCCUCCCGCGCAUCCAACAACUCGCUGGCCUUGUUGCCCCAAAACACGAACGAUCCCGACCCCGCGGUUUCCGAUAACGCUGAGAAGCGUCUCAUUGCGUUCGAUGGGGACAUGGGUGGUGGUGGUGAUAAGGAGGAUGCAGAUGAGCAAGUGUAUUACCAAGAGAAAGUGGAGUGGUGGAGGUACUUGUCCUUCGGUUAUAAUCCCUCGUCCAAUGCCUGGAUCUUGUUGCAGAUAAGCUGGAGGAUGAUAGUGAGCUUGGGAGUGGCGUUGCUCGUUUUCUAUUUAGCCACCAAACCCCCAAAGCCCGAGGUUUCCGUGAAGGUGGACGGGAUCCCAAAUUUCGUAUUGGGAGAGGGAGUGGACGGCACGGGAGUGUCCACAAAGAUCUUGAGCUGCAACAUAUCGGUGCGACUUUGGGUAGACAACAAGUCAAAGCUCUUCGGCCUUCACAUUCAGCCCCCUCUCAUUCAACUCUACUUCGGUCGCCUGCCUCUCGCCAUUGCUCGUCCUGGCGGGGAGUUAUACGCGGGAAGCAGUGGGACAACGUUGUUCGGUCUGUACGUGGGGACGAGGAACAAGGCGAUGUACGGGGCGGGGAGGAGCAUGCAAGACAUGCUGGAGGGAGGCAAGGGAGGUUUGCCUCUGAGGGUUGGGGUGAAAUUGAGGUCGAGCAUUCACGUGGUGGAGGGACUGGUGCACGUCCGGUUCCAUCACCAAGCCCAGUGCUUGUUGUUGCUGUCCAAAGCGGACGACGCCCAAACAUUCAACAGCACCUGCGCACUCGUGCCUCCUACAGCUUCUUGAUCUAUUCAUGCAUGACAGGUUGAGGCCAACCCAGCACGUCACCACAUCCAUACAUCUACAUCGAAGGUGGAAAAUCUUUCAAAAUUCUGAAGCUUCUGCUGAAGUUCCUUCCAUCUAUUAUCAUCGUGUACAUAUGAAGGAUCAAACUUCUGCAAGAAUGUAAUGUAUCUUACUACUCGAGCCUAUUUCAAAGUAAUAUACACAUCGAAAAUUUUUAUGCACCUUUAAUUGAUGAGGUACAA